CGUCAUAUUAUUUAAAAAAAAAAACAUUUUAUACUUCUAGGGAGAUUACACGAGGACAGGUGAACGAAACUUUUCUGGAUUAGUAAAAGAUGGAAUGAACUCCGCCAAUCGUUAUUACUUAGCGCGAUUUAAAGAUUCUUUUCGUCAAGACAUAAUUGAUCUUAUGCUAGGAAAUCAAGUUUCAACCGAAUCCAUGCUGAAUAUGGACAAUCAGAAUUUAGUCGAAGAAGAUGCCACAGAGGCAACUGAGCACGCACGCCAAUUAGUGGAAGAUUGUCGACGCAUGUUACUUGGUUUGACCGAAUUACCGAUGGGUUCAUGGGGAUUGAUAAAUGCAGAUCCAGAUACCGGUGAUGCUGGUGAAAAUGAAGUUGACACAGUUUUGCUGCUCACAUCCGAAUGUUAUUUAGUUGCUGAAUAUGACUCAAAUUUAGAUAAAGUGGUACGCUUCGAAAAAGUAUUACUUGAACAUAUAACGGAAAUUGAACUAGGCUGGUUUCAGUAUUCAAAAAUUUUCCAAAUUACACCAACACCCCAAUUUUGCAUUCGAAUAAACUAUUCUUUCAAUGGUAUUGAUCAAUUUUAUCACAUGUUACGAUCAGCAUCACUUCGAUUCUUUAACAAUGUGGCUGUUAUCAUCAAAACUCCCGAAGAGAUUAUGGAAUCUCUAAGUGCAAUUGGUGACUGUUUUCGAGUUGCGUUAGAAAACAGCGGCAAUAGUCAUGUCAAAUUUACAAACGAUGGUCAUAUGAAGCAUAGAAAAAGUCGAACUCAUGUACUGGACAUUCCAGGUGGUAUGCAAAGAAAUCUCUCCGAGUCUCAACUCGUUCACGUUGGUUCGAAAGCAGUUACCAAUGUUCCUGAACAAUUUACCAAAUUCGGCGAUAAUAUACAUCCAAAGAUUAUGACAGGAAAAAAAUCCACAUUAACAAAGAGCAAUAUCAAUAUCAUAGCAUCUACUGAAGAAUCGGAAAUAGAGCCCGGUACCAAUUUGGAGUUAUACAAAAGUGCUGGAAAUAGUUGCAAUGAAUCAGAUAGAACAUUUGAGUCUACGAGUAAAUGCAACAAUAAUUCAUUCCUAGAAGGUGUCGGCAUCGUUAUGGUAGAUGCAGCAGAAAUGGCAGAGACACUUAAUCAGUCAGACUCCCGGAAAUCAAACAACAAUAAAAACUUGGAGAAUUUUGCUCGCAUUUCGAUGUCAUCAGUAACCGAUAAUGUGAAACUACCACCAGAAAUGUUAGAUAUUAGCGAUUUACCAGAAAAAUCAGUUGUAACACCUAAAAUUAAUGUUCAAGAAACUGAAGAUGGUAAACGAGAUAAAAACAACGGUCUAAAAAUGUGCCACAGUGUGGCUGACAUGAGAACAAGUGAUUCAUUGUACAGCGAAGAUGAUGGACGUUUGUCGGUCAAUCGAGAUCUAAAAUUGCAUUUACCAAACUCACAAAGUGAAAAUGCAAUAAAACAGCUGAAGACAUUAACAAGUCCGUUAACAAAGUUCGCAGCUUCUGUUGGAAGCGCUCUUGAUCCUAGAAAAUAUGGAUCAACGAAGACGAUUGCGAAUGAACCACAAACUGACAUGGAAAGAGAAAAGCUGCAAGAAAAAUGGGAAGCAAGCAACUGUAAAACGAAAUUAAUAGCUUUGUAAGAGAUGAAAAAAAGUACAUUCUGAAAUCUGUGGUCUCAAUCUAAUUGAGAUAUGAAGGGCUCAUUGCACACUAUUUUUCGGAAGUAUAUAUUUAAAGUCGAUUUGAAUCAGUCUGAACACACAUAUAAGGCUUACACUCUCCAGCAAGUCACUUUCGAGUAUCUUAUUGAAACCUAUACCAUUUUUUUGUGCAUAAUUUGUGCGAAUUUGUGCAUGCAUUUUUAGAAUUUGUGCAUAAAUGGCUGAUGAGUUAUUCAGCUUUAUAUUUUGUGGUGAAUUUCGGUUUUGGAUGCAAUUUUUUGUGCAUAAUUUGUGCAUGCCAAAUAUGCCUUCAGAUCAGUCAUGCACUGUGAAAAAUGCAUCAAAAUCGAUUCGACGUCAAUUUCCCCACACAAAUUCAAAACUUUUUUUUUAAAUAAUUGCAAAAAUAAAAAAAUGUCUUCACCACUUUUUUGUGCAUAAUUUGUGCAUAACAAAUUCACAUCGCACCGAAUUUGUACAUGCAAGGGUAGUUCAGUAAUCGACUUGAGCAAUAUUCUCCAAAAUCACUCAAUGAGCGAAGAUCGAUUUGGAUUAAAUUUCUUGAAAUUUCUCAGUGGUAAUAUUUUGUGCAUAAUUUGUGCAUAACAAAUCCACAUCGCACCGAAUUUGUGCAUGCAGGGGUAGCUCAGUAGU